AUGUCAUUCAUUCAGAAGAGGCUAUUGUCGCAAACACUUUUUCUGCGCUCCCAAGUGGGAUCUUUACCACUUUAUAUAUCGCCUGAAGUUCAGGUUUCCAUAAGUGCGUUAUCCAUGCCUAGGAUUAUCAGAAAGGGUAGAACUUCGCUGAAUAUAUCACAGAAUAUUACAGUAAAGGGACCCAAGGGUGAAUUGUCCGUGGAGGUCCCUGAUUUUCUGCAGCUGGAGAGGGAUGAAAAGAAUGGUAAAAUAAAUGUCACGGUUCAGAAUUCAGAAGAUAAGCAUCAACGUUCCAUGUGGGGUACAGUAAGAUCACUUAUAAACAACCAUAUCAUAGGUGUUACUGAGGGGCAUCUUGCCGUCCUUAGAUUUGUGGGGACAGGUUAUAGAGCCCAAUUAGAAAAUGAUGGUAAAUUUGUCAAUGUUAAAGUGGGCGCGUCCAUUAAACAAGGAUUGGAAGUUCCUGAAGGUAUUGUUGUCAAAACACCUGCUCCUACGUCUCUGAUUAUCGAAGGGUGUAAUAAGCAGCAGGUUCUUCUUUUUGCUGCCAAGUUGAGAAAAUUUCAUCCACCAGAGCCAUAUAAGGGUAAGGGAAUCUAUGUUAAUGGUGAAACAAUAAAGCUAAAGGAUAAGAAAAUCAAAUAA